AUGACCAUUUAUAUUUGUUACCAUUAUACACAUACACGCACACGCACGCACACACUGUUUCGAAGUACGUCACGUGAGCGCGUGCGCGUGCAGGCGCGGAGUCGCUUCGAAGCCGCGGCGAAGACCUUCAUGGAGACGUCGCUGGAGCUGGUGAGCCAGAUGCGGCCGCGCGCCAUCUGGGGCUACUACGCCUUCCCGUACUGCUUCAACGCCCCGCUGCAGGGCUGCCCGGCGCAGGUGGAGCAGGAGAACAACAAGUUUCGUCGCAUCCUACGGCGACACGAGGACGAGGUUGGCGGCAGCAACGGGCAAGGCUGUGUCGGUGACAGCGUCGGUGACAGCAACGGCGGCGGUGGCGGCGGCGGCAUUGGCGUCGUAACGUCUGGCCGGCACCGACCUCUGACCCUCUCUCCGCCCUCCCUGCUCGCGGAAUUCGCGGGAGGCGUGGGCUUGCAGCUGCCACUCACCGCCCGCGACAGCGGAAUCCCCGCAUGCGAAGCACUGUAUACUUCUAUUGCAACUCCUAAAAACAUGGAUGUCAACGGAGUAGUUAUUUGGGGCAGUUGGAAUGAUGUGAAAACAAAAGCAAAAUGUGAAGCUUUGCAAUCAUAUGUGGGCUCUGUUUUGGGUCCAAUUGUCAAAAAUCUUACUGAUCAUAUACAGAGAGAGGAUAUUCAAGUUGUGCAGACAUUAGAUUCCCAGGAUAAAUUGCAAAUCCCUCACACAGUUAUCUCUAUUCAAAAGAAAGACUACAUGCUACAAAUCUCAGAGAAAGGGCUAGUAACUACAGUGCGACUGGUUGGAGCUACUUCAGAGGGAGCUGCUGAUGAGCUAGCUGGAGGUGAUGGACUGAGAGCACCAGAACCUGGAGCCCUACUGUCACGCGGAGAUCCUUCGCCACCCAUCGGAGGAGUGCUCGAGGCAGGUGGCGAGUUGGCAGUUGUAACAAUGUGA